GGGACAGGCAGUCGGUCCUCGAGGCGCGAACGUCGUUACAAGGAGAAUCAGAAAGGCAAGCAACCACAAUCUUACAGUGUUGCGGGAAUACUGAUCCACAGCCUGCGCUCUUCCAACCUACAAAACCAGCACACUCGCCUGUGAACGGCAGGACAGUCCAUAGCUGCAGCGACACCCUGCAGGUCGGCAGAAUCCUGUGUUUUGUCCUCGGAAUAACUUGUCACAUCCAAGGAAUUACAACCUCUGCAUCCAGCUGUGGAUCUGAGUGCUCCGUAGCCCCCUUCUACACCUGAAACAGGUGGACUGCGCAGUGAUGACGACUGUCUGACGAUCAGAAUCCCUCUUUAUCAUCCCACCCCCUCCUCUUUGUCCCUAUUCUCUCACCCUAUUCUUCGCCAUUCUCCGCUGUCCUUCCCACCCCCCCCUCUGUACCUCCCCUUCAGAAAAGACUGGGCUGGGGACUGAAGAUCUGUGACAGAGCCUCUCAUUUGUAAUCAGAUGAAAGCAGAGAUAAUCCCGCGCCUGACUCCAUCUUGUUCCCUGCUGUAGCGGGAGGUGGAGACGGGGGGGCGGGGACAGGGAGGGGGGGGUCACCUGUGGAUGUGAAGGAGGAGGGUGGCUUUCUUUUCCCUUCCGAGCCCCUGGACUGACAUGGGUGGUCUGGAGAGCUCUGAGGAUCCAUGAACUCUGAACCUGAAAGGCAGAGCAAGAGAGAGAGAGAGGGAAAGAGAAGGAGAGAGGGAGGUAGCUAUCAAGAGGAGCUCCAGGCCCAGUCUGUACUGACACUACAAGCAGACCACCCGAAUGGCGGAGAGUGAGCGUCCUGCAUCAGACGCUGUGUCCCCGGGGGAUGCUGCCGGCCCCACCCCUGAGACUGAUGCUACCUUCUCCCUCUCCAAAAGCUCAACGGAGGUGGCAGCCAGCAUCCAGAGGCAGGAGGAGCUGCGGAACAGCACCCGCGGCGUAGCCUGCCCUCUUGGUACAUAUGAGGAGCCUGUAAGGGACAGCCUACCAGUGGACUACCACCUCAGCGGAGCCCUCACUCCAGAGACAGCGGUCCGCCAUAAUACGCCGCGUCCCCACAGCAUUGCUGAGGCCCACAACUUGCAGUGGACCAGAGCAAAUCACCACCAGCCUUGCUCAGAUACGGGGUGUGACCCUGCACGGAAAGAGAACCAUGCAGCAUCCUCAUCCCACAGAGAUCUGCGUGAAGACCGGCUGGAGCUUAUCAAACAGUCGGUGCAGAGGAGCCACUCGGACAGCCUGCAGGCUCUGAGGGAGGCCCCGGACCCCAGGCAUGGUGAGACUGGCUUCCCAUUCCCUCGGGUAGGCUACUGCUCCUCGCUGGCAUGCAAGCAGGCAAUGCAGUUACAUCAGAGCAACACCAUCCCCACCUGCCACGGCAACAACAGCAGCAACCUUACCCAGCCUCCAGGGGGCGUGAGGAUCUGUCUGCCUGCCUCAGAGGAUGGCCACACCCAGCACCUUGGCUGUAUGGACGCUUGUUACAACCCUCACAUUCACACCUGCGCGCUGGAGGACACCUUUGCAGCGUACUGUCACCCCCUGCCCAUGCCGGGACCGGCCCAUCUGCUACCCAGGCUGGGGGAUACUGAGUGCAGAGGUCAGAGGUCACCUCACCAUACUGGCCUGCUGGCCUUCCCCCGUCUCGUCUCCUCAGUGAGUGAGACAGGCCUGGAUGCCAAGCGUAUGACGUGCUGCCGUGGUGGUGACUGCCUGGAACAAGUCUUAGCACCUCAAACAGAAGACAGGAAGACCAGAAACAUGGGCACCAUGACCUCCCACGGAGACCUAAGGGAAGUGGGUGUACAGACAGGCCCCCCUGAGUCUCCCCCACCUCAUGUGUUUCCUGAGGUCAGCCUGGCCGAGCAGGGAAUUGGGCCAGCGGCCCAGAAGUCCCCAGUGAAGGAGGUAGCAUGGGAUGCUGAGGGUAUGACAUGGGAGGUGUACGGGGCAUCGGUGGACCCUGAAGAGCUGGGCUUGGCCAUUCAGAAACACCUGGAGCUUCAGAUCAAGGAGACAGCAGUCCGUGCUGCCAGGCUGACCCGCCAGGACACUGGCUCAUCCAGACAGAGUAGCCGGCGCCGCAAGAGGGGUGGACUGAUAAGAUCCCUGCGGAACCCAGUCUGCUGUGCUCGCUCUAGCACAGCGGUAGACUGAUGCAGAGGCAGGGCAGAGGCAACGUGGAGGGGUACAAUACUUUGCAUCCAGCUAUAAAUCCAUCAGACAAUAAAAAACUGGAAUGAGUCACAAACUGUGGCAGAGCACAUUGCAAAUGUGGCUUCUUCGUGCAGACGAAGUAUAGUACGUUUAACUGAAGUUCCAUUGAUCACCAAUAAAUAAUAAAAAAAAAAAACAAGGAAAGAUUUUGGAUAACUUGUCAAUAAUCUGCGGAAUACAGCUUAACAACAAUUUUCACUGUCAGCCUCUCCUGAGUUGGCUAUAACACAUAUCUGACCAAAUGCAUCUCACCAUUUUUUGGACUAGAUGGAGUCUUCAGCUGAUCCCAAGUGUGACUCUGACACGCAGGCGGCUCUUCCGCAUUUCCUGGGAGGGUUUAAGAAAAGAUGACCAGAUAGUCCGGUUGCAGGUACAGAGAAGGUUCCUCCACCUCCACCCAUCAGCGUGUGACACUAGGAACACAAGGAAUUUUGCCCCUUUGCUAAAUCUGCUGGAUCAGCGGAUGUCCAACGCUCAAAAGCAUCACUUUCCCACCAUCCUGGGUCCAUCAAAGCUGAGGUAGUCUCCACCCAUGAAGACCCCAAAUCUUUUUGAAGGUGGGGAGACAACACGGCAAGUGUUGUCAAGUACCGAACAAGUGGCUCCGCCAGCUGUAGGAGACAAACUGCUGGGAAAUCGUUCAAACCACUGCAAUGUUCAGAAACACCAAUGGCCUUUAUCAAUUUUUCUUGGAAGUAUUAUAUAUUUUUUCCGGUCGUAAACACGAUACGACCACAAACCCCGUCCUAUAAAGGGAUUCAUCUCCCAGAUUCCCUCGAUGUUAUGAGGAAAGCAUAGUAAAUAUUUAACUGAAGUCGUAUAACGUCUAUGAACCUAUGUUUUUUUCCAAUAGAUUUUUAAACGUGUUUUUCACGAACGCCGCAAAUUCUGACAACGCCUGGAUUAAAAUGUCAUCUGCAUAAAACGCGAAAAGGAAAAAAAAAAGCUACGAAACCUCUUUGUUUUACUGUAAUUACUAAACAAGGACCCAAGGGUCUUCAACUCUGACAUUCCAGCGCCGAAGGCCAAAGCUGAUUUCUCCGUUCAGUAUUAUAUCCAGGCGCGCUUUGCAAAUACGCUGACGUUCCGUGUCGGCCUCAGAAGCGGAAUUUAUUUCCGUUUCGGUGUUACCUAGUUUGGGAAACAGCCGCACCGGCUUACGUUUGGUUCACCUGAGCUUUCACUCCUUGCGAGACUGCGUGAGCGAGGGUUUGCAGAGAGGACACCAGUAGGUCCUGUUUUACCAGCAGCAUCUCUGAUGAAAAGCAAACAGCCCUCAUGGAAGCAGAGUGAUCCAGGACCGGGUACGACGAGCUUUUAAGGGAGCCGGGGCUCCGGCGAAAGAAGGGAUCCGUGAGCUAAUUGCAAGGAGCCCUUUGCCAAGGAAACGCAAAGGGGGCAAUUAAGCUACAGUGCCACCCCUCACCCCCAUCGCGUCCUCUCUCCCGAAGCACUUGUCUGGAAACAAUGCAGUUCAACACAGAACCGGUCAUUCGCAGAAUAAACGGGGAAGGAAGACGGAUGCUGAAAUUACGCCCGUUCUCCCUGACGCGCGCAUGUACCCGCUGCACGGGUUGGGACGACGGAUCAACGCAAAAGCUGUACCGCGAAAUAAGGAGUGUCCUUCAGUUGGCGUAACAUCCGGUUCGGAGGAAUGCUGAACGCAAGGGCGGCGGCUAACGGGGUCACCCUGCGACGUCCCAUCGAAAAUGCCGAUUGUUUAUGGAAUAAUCUAUCCUCCUUCCUCUGCUACUCCUCCUCCUUGCAUCUUCUGCUGUGGGCAGUCGUUUGCGGUAAAACAAAGCCUUCGCCGAGUAUAUGCACGUGAGUGUCGGUGCGCUGCUGCCAUUGUCUGCGGUAACCAUCAAAAUUUGCAGACGAAAAACGCGCGCGCACACAGGGCCGUACUAUUUAGCACGAGGAAUACAUUUUGUGCGCGAAACACUGUGCGGAAAGGAUAGCUCAGGAACUUUCCAGGAUGUCUGUACUGGCCAAUAUGUCGUCAUUCCACAAUGUGAGUUUGUGUUCAGAUGCACAGCCACAAUGCAGCGAGACGGUCCAGCGAGGGAGGACAAAUGUAGGAACCUAAUCGUUCCAGUAGAACAAGCGCACUAAAACCAUCCGGUCUAACCUAGGACUGGAACUCACUGCAAUACUAGCCCACGCCACACACACACACACACACACACACACAC